AUGAGCUCCGUAGCAGUGGAAGAAGAGGCGCUCAAAGCCACCAUCCUCUCCCAUAUCCGCGUGAUUCACGGUGAGAAAUACCCGGGAGGCUCAAAAUUCGACGUCGUCAGUAGUGAUACUCCGGGAGACAAGAAUCAAUUCACCGCCUAUGUCGUCGUCUUCCCUCCAAGGCCACUCUUCAAGACAGUCGAAAACGCCGCCCCCGUUUGGUCUCCAGUUAUGACAUCGAGUUCUGGGAUAUCCAUGAUCCAAGCUUAUGAAAAGCUCCUUGCCGGCCUGCGGAAAGAAAUGAGGGAGGUCAUGGUCAAGUCAUUCACGAAGAGGCGCUUGUUACGCGCAUCAUAUGUACGUCCGAACGAAAUCGACGACAGCUUGUUCAUCCAGCUAAUAUAUCUCAAAGCCCAGGCCCGCGCUAUCUACGGCCCCAAGUAUCCCCACGGAUCCAUUUUCGAUGUCAUCUACAGCAGUGACACCACAGGCGACGGCGUUGUCUCAUGGGUCAUCGUCUACCCGCAGCCGAACGCCGCUGAUUGGAAGACUGGAAAGGCUGUUUCCAACGACUGGAUUCCAGUCCUAAAGUCGGAGCGCAUCGUCACAGGACCUCAUUCCCAUCCCGUCUUCCCGACGAGGUAUCUUCUCGAGAAAAGCUACAACAAUCUCAUCGAGAAGCUGCGUGUCCAGAUGGUCGAGACUAUGGCUACUAUGGAGAAGACAGAUGAGGCAAAGAAGCUGAAGAAGUACGACAUCAGCACUGACUGGUGGAAGGAGUGA